AUGACACAAAUUCUCCGACCUUUCAUGGGAAAGUUUCUUGUUGUCUACUUUGAUGAUAUCCUCAUCUAUAGUAAGACUAAGGAGCAACACCUUGACCACCUCACACAAGUUUGCUCUACCCUUCGUGCAACUAAUCUAUAUGCUAAUGUCAAGAAGUGCUCUUUCUUCACCGACACAGUCAUUUUUCUAGGGUUCAUUGUCUCUUCGACAGGGGUAUCCCCUGACCCUGCUAAGGUUCAGGCGAUUAUUGACUGGCCUGAGCCUAAAGUUAUUCAUGACGUCAGGAGCUUUCACGGCUUAGCUACAUUUUACCGUCGCUUUAUUAAGGGGUUUAGCACUAUUAUGGUGCCUAUUACGGAGUGCAUGAAGAAAGGGGAGUUUUAUUGGACACAAGAGGCGGCUAAGGCCUUUAAGUUAGUCAAGAAGCGAAUGACGGAGGCCCCUAUCAUGUGUCUUCCCAAUUUUUCCAAAGUCUUUGAAGUCGAAUGUGACGCCUCCGGUGUAGGUAUAGGCGGAGUCUUAAGUGAAGAUCGUCACCCUGUUGCCUAUUUCAGUGAGAAGUUAAAUGAGGCCAAACAGCGGUACUCAACUUAUGAUAAGGAACUGUAUGUAGUGGUCCAGGCUUUGCGCUAUUGGCACCACUAUUUGUUACCCCCAGGAAUUUGUCCUUUAUUCGGAUCACGAGGCUCUCCGUUACCUCAACUCCCAGAAAAGAUUAAGUUCUAG